GUUUACACACAAAUUGAAAAAAAUAUCAAGAAUUUGUAAACCAAAACAAAUUCAUCAAAUUAAAAUAAAAAAACAAAGUGCUUCACUUUAUAUUAAAUUACAGUUAUGUAAUGCCAAGCUGUAAAAAAUAAAAAAUGUUACUUCCAAAGUACGAAACAUAUUUCUACCUUUGUGUCUAUCUUCUAUUUCUUGCCCAUGGCUUAGCCAAACUCUUUAACAAAAAAGACAAAGUCCUAACAAUUGCCAAAGUAGAAUUCAAUCAAGGUUGGACAUGGAUCGGUCGUCCACAAGACAAUACAAACGAUGAAUUCGAAUACUUUAAAGACUUUCUAUGGAAGAAUGCACAUUGGUAUGGAAUUCAUUUGAUCGUCUGCGAGUGCUGUCGAAUAUUCAGACCUAACAAACGAAAUAUUGCCCACACAUGUGUUGGACUUGCCUUCUUAUUUGCCACCUUUAAAGUACAUUCUUUGAUAGUUAUUCUACUUGAAUUGCUGUCUUUCUAUGUAACAUCGAAUAUUCGAUCAAAAUCAUUAACAUGGAUUGUGGCAAUAAGUUGGAUGUGUGGGAUAAACUUUAUCAAAAAUAGCAAUGAACUCUACGAGUUCCUUGGCUAUCGAGAGUACUAUGAACUGAUUAUAUCUCUUGCUUGGUGUGUUCUCAAGUGUCUCAGCUUUAACUUAAGCAAGGUCAAGGAUGAAAGGAAUGACAUCUAUAAUUUAGGUAACUUCCUUGGCUACACAGUGUACUUUCCGGUGUUUGUUCAUGGACCUUUUAUGAUCUUUGAUCGCUAUGUUGCAUUCACAAAAGAACAAUCCCCACAAUAUAAUCGCUACUUGCUUCUUUUAAAGAGACUGAUUAAAGUAUUCUUUUGGCUUUUUGCCCUAGACUUUGCUUUGCAUUUUAUAUACAUUCACUACAUGGAGAAGGACAUUGAUGCAGUUAAAUUAUUAAGCGACUCUUAUGGACUUUAUGCAUUUGGCUACUUUAUGGGUCAGUUUUUCCAUGUUUUCUAUGUAAUUACCUACGGCCUCGGGAUCGCAUUUGCCUCAUUUGAUGGCCUAAACCCACCGAAUCCACCAAUAUGCAUUGGAUACAUUAACUUCUACUCGGACAUGUGGAAGUAUUUUGACCAAGGACUUUAUGAGUUCCUCUUCAAACACAUCUACGCUGAACUCUGUACAAAACAUUCGUCAUCACUGAGGAAAAUCUUUUCGGCAUUGGGAACAUUUUUCUUCGUCUACAUUUGGCAUGGUUAUUAUUUAAACAUCCUAAUUUGGAGCCUUUUGAAUGUAGCUUGUUUGAUAUUGGAAAAACUACUCAAGUAUACCAUUUCUUGUAAUUGGUAUAGAGAAAAAAUAGCCCAGAGGCUAAGUGCAACAAAUCAGCAACGUUUGUAUGCUGUUUUGGGAACACAAAUAUUCAUUCCAUCGGCAUUUUCUAAUUUCUAUUUUUUCAGUGGAAAGGAGAUUGGAAAUUAUUUUAUGCAGUUAACUUACUGCAAUGGUUUGUGGUAUUAUUUAUCGAUAAGUUUUUAUUGUUAUUGUUUAUUUCAAUCGGCAGAGUAUUUUGUAAGUAAACGAAAAAUUAAAUACUGACUAAUGUAAAUAAAAAAUAAUAUGAUUUAAGCUUAAUGGGUCUAUAUCUAUGCCAAUUUCUUGUCAAUAUGUUGAGAUUAA